AUGAGUUACUCAUACAGUCCUCAGUUCUUCACGCACUUUCCCAAGUACCAUGCGCCUCACCUAAAGCCUGGGGAGGAGCACAAGGACCCACUGGACGAGAUCAAGCCGCGCUGUCUCACGAGCUGUGCGGACUGGCUGCAGGAGUACAACGCGUGUGUGCAGCGCAUCUCCAUGCGCACCGACGGCAAGGGUGAUUGCAAAGGCCAGUUCGAGGAGCUGACCAUGUGCCAGGACCAUUGCAUCGCGCACGAGAUAUUCCACCACGUGAAGUGA